AUGGGAAAUUAAAAUAUUUAAGUGUUUGACAAAAGAAAUAUAUUAUUUGUUGGAAGCGACUGCUUAGAAGAUAAAUAUUUGUUAGACAAAUUUUUCAACAACUAUAACUAUAAAAUAGAGUCAAUAGGUAAUGUUGAUAACAUUAAAAUCACAAUGAUUUAAAGAAAAAAUGAAAAUGAAUGCGCAGUUUGGCUUCUUAGAUAUAAUGAUUUAAAUUUUACUAGCACUAUUAAUGUGCUAAUAAAAACAAUAAAAAUCUCUGGUCUAGUAAUAUGCUUGUUUGAGCAAGAUGAACAUAUGAUUUAAGAAUUUAAAACUUUUUUAAAAUAAUAUACAUGUGAGGAAUAUCUAAGAGGAGUUUCUCUGGGAGUGCUUGUAGUAGAUGAAGAGAAUCCAUUUAAAAAAGGGGAAAGAAAAGAAGAUGCAGAUAACGGCGAUUAAAAUGAAAGCUAAGAGAAUCUUAUAAAUUUAUAUAUGAGGUAGUUGAAAAUUGAGAAGGAUCUUCACUUAAGAGACUUAGAUCCCCGUAUUAUCAAAUAAAUUUAAAUAAUAAAUGUCAUUUAGACUAGUAAAAUAGGAGAUAAAGUAAGUGAAUUCUUAGAAAAAGUUCUUGAUGCUAUGAGUAUUUUAUGA